AUGAAGAUUGUUUACUGCCUUCUUCAUUUUCUGUGUUACAUGACCUUCAUUUUACAAGCCACGUGUUCCUUAAUUGAUGCUGAGCGCUGUACCAAACGUUAUGGUAACUGUAGAAGAAACUGUUAUAAAAAAGAAAAGCAAAUUGAUAUAUGUUUCUCAGUACGUAAGAUUUGCUGCCUUGAGAUCUUUGAGGACGAUUGA